AUGCCCGUCGUAUCUGAGCCCAUUACGGGAGUAACUCACGCAUAUUCACAUGGCUUCUUCUCCAGAAUACCCACUCUCUACCUAAUCCUAAGCGGAUUCGUUCUUCUUUGCAUCACAAUCUUCAUCCGGAGAAAACGCAGUUCCACAACAAAAUUACAAUAUCAUUUCCCACCAAGUCGUCCCUCUACCCCUCUUCUCGAAAAGUCCGAUAGGAAUCUCUUUGCUGCAUUCAUGGAUGAAACCCCAAAAUUGGAUACCGACAACCUCGCACUCUCAAGAACCUCCUCGUCUUCUUUCGACUUCACCACCUCCCCCUCCUCAAUCUCCAGCUCCCCCAAAACAUUUUCUCGUCUCCCACCACCACCACCCCCCUUCACACCACCCUCGCCCCUCGAACCUCUCUCUUACACUCCCAUUCACGGAGGGGAAAGUGAAUCUGCUCCCCCCACCGAAAUUCUCCACCGUCAUCGUUCCUACACCAAGCCUCCCAACCCCCUCACCAACACGCCUGUCGUAAAUGGCGAGAUAAUUUCCGGCGAUGGCUGGCGUCGCCACACGCGUGUUUUUGGGGGCGGAGUAUGUGAGGCAUGUGCUGAGAGCGAGAGGAGAGCGAGAGGAGAAUGA